CCGAUUCUCUCUGUAUGUCCGGCCUCGCAGGCCCAAAACCUUCGGGCCAUCUCAGGGUUCAAAUCACAUGCUCAUCACUCUCUCCCCGUUCUUCUCCUUGUCCCGCACCCUAUGUAAACCAGGGUUUUAGGAUUCUCUCUGGAGCCACCAUGGAAGCUGUCUCCAAAAUCCACCACCGCCACCAGCCACUCCGCCACCACCGUCCACCAUUCUCAACCCCCAUUUCACUUCUCUUCGCAAGAACCCCGCCGCCACCUCCAUCGUCCCUCAGAUCAUCAGUCAGAGCAAAACCCUCCUCCUCAUUACUAGCCCCCCUCUUGUCAAACCCUAAAACCCAUAAACCCUACUUCGCAGAAACCCCAAACCCCCUCCCUUUCUCUCUCGUCAAAACCAUCACCCUCGCCGCAGUCGCAGCCACCGCCGUCUUCUUCGCCCGUUUCAACCUCCAAAAACCUCUUGUUGCGGCCGCCGCCUUUUCCGCUCCGCCCACAGUGGAAACUGAAGCAAUGAAAGAACCAAUUUCUGAUGGCGAGAAAGAGAGAGGCCUAAAAAAGUACUUGAGCUCAAAUCCGGAUGACAUCAAAACCCUCCGGAGCUUAAUGGAGUUGAAGAUCAAGAGAGGUAAGCUCAAAGAAGCGAUUUCGAUUGUAGAGAAGCUGAUAAGAUUAGAACCCUCUGAUAUAGAAUGGGCAUUGUUGAAAUCCUACUUGCAUUUGGAUAAUGAUGAGCUUGAAAAGGCGAAAGUAGGGUUUAAUGAGAUACUAGAGAAAGACCCGUCUCUCGUGGAGGCCUAUCACGGGCUGGUAAUGGCGGCGUCUCAGUCCGAUUCGGAAUUUGAGUCGAAGGAGAUUGAGGAGAGGGUUAGGGAAGUCAUGGAUUUGUGCAAGAGAGACAAGAAGACGGACAAAUUGAGGGACUUUAAGCUUUUGAUUGCGCAAAUGAGGGUUAUUGAGGGCAAUUACAAUGAUGCAUUGAGUGUCUAUCAGGAGCUUGUGAAGGAGGAGCCGAGCGAUUUCCGGCCUUAUUUGUGUCAGGGAAUCAUAUAUACUUUGUUGAAGAAACAAGAUGAGGCAGAGAAGCAUUUUCAGAAGUACAGGAGAUUGGUUCCUAAGGGGCACCCGUAUGCGCAAUAUUUCGAUGAUAAUAUGAUUGCAACUAAGGUUUUGGCGCAGACGAUGGAAAAGGAGAGAGCGGCUUCGAAAGCUUGAGGGAUAGGGGUAAUCAAAUUCUGUUUGAGAAAUGGUGGAUAGAUAGCUGCUUGGGAGUUCAUUGUUUGUGGUGGGUGAAGUAAAACUGAGCUUCUUUCUUACGACAUUACUCUGAUCGAGUAUUGGAUGUUAGGUCUUUUUUCUCUUGAAAGUGUAGCUGGACAGUCUAAGGCGAAGACAAUAUCCCCCGCCCAAGCUGUGUGCCCAAGGAAGUACUGGUUCCAAUAACCGUCCAUAGAGUAGGAAAGUUCUCAUCAUGGUCAAUGAAAGUUUUUGUGGUUGGUUAAAGUGGCUUUAUGCCUAUAUGGGUCUGAAACUAGUAUAGGAAGGGAAUAUACACUAGUUGUCUUUCCAAUGAGAAAAGAUUUAAUAUGACAGCUUUCGUGCUUUCCUCUAA